AUGGCUUCCCUGGCCGCCCGUGCUUCCCGGCUUCCUCUAUCGCUCAUCGGACUUCCGUAUCAGUUUGGCCGUCGUGCGGCCCCGACAGAUUAUCAAAUGGCACGGGGACCAGAAGUCCUGCUGGCGCCUUCUGCCGUGCCCGCUGCCCUCAAGGAAAUGUCAACUGACAUUGACCUGGUGUUCUUGGACGAUCUGGACGACCCGAAGACUGGUCCAAACGAUGUCCGGCCAGUCCUUCUCGGCGACCAGAUGAUCCGCCAGCUCCAUCAGAACAACGCCCUUGCCGCGGCUGUGAGAGCAGCGCGAAGUAACGGUCGCUUCCCUGUCUGCUUCUCGGGCUGUUGCAACAGCUCUCUGGGCAUCGUGGGGGGCAUUGACGACCCAAAUCUAGGCAUGGUCUGGUUCGAUGCCCAUGCUGACGACUACACGCCUGAAACCAGUCCGACCGGGUUCUUUGACGGCAUGCCAGUUUCCAUCAUUGCCGGAGAAUGCUGGAAGAGGUGGCGGGAGAAGAUCCAGGGGUUUCACGUUAUUCCACCGCAAAGGAUAUCCCAGGUCGGCCUCCACGACCGGAGUGCGUACGCAGAAAGCCCAGGACGUCGCGCCGGCGUAGGUCACCUGGUAGACCCGGCCGCGGUGCUGCUUUUCGGCUUUGAAGGAGCCUUUCUGCGGACAUUGGACCAAAUCAAGGCACGCACCGAUCGUGUAUAUGUACAUGUUGACACCGAUGUGAUCGACGCAAAAAUCAUGCGGGCCAACCUUUACUGUGCCGAGGGCGGCGUGACCCCGGAGCAGAUGAUUUGGGCCGUCGAACAGAUCGCUAAAACCGUGCGGAUUGAGGCCCUGAACUUCGCCUCCUUCGACGCUGCCGUUGACCCGAACGCUCCAGCCAUUCUAACGAAGAUGAUCCAAGGCAUAGUUGGGGUGAUCCAGAGGAGCCGAGCCUCGUGA